AUGGAAUUAUGUUCUGCCCUGAAGACUCUUGGAGAACUUUUGCAGAAGACAGGAUUUGAGGUUGUCAAACAGAGAGCAGAUACUGGUGUUCCUGUUUUGUUGAAAACUGAUGGAGGACCACAGUUUGCUUCAUCAGCUUUGAGACGUUUUUUAUCUCGCUGGGGAGUAGAACAUCACAUUACUUCGCAAUAUUAUCCGAAGGCAAAUGGACAUGCAGAAGCAUCAGUGAAAAUUAUCAAGAAGCUGGUUAUGACUACUGCUAAGAAUGGGAACCUGGAUGCGGAUGAAUUCGCCCGUGGAAUGUUGGAGCUUAGGAAUACACCUCAUGCUGAUGGCAGAUCACCAGCUCAAGUUUUAUUUGGUCAUCCCCUCAGGUCUUUUAUUCCAACACAUCGUCGAUCAUUUGCCAAAGAAUGGCAAAAGAAAGCAGAGGAAUGUGAUGUUAAAGCAGAGUAUUUGCGAAGUCAGGCGAAGCAACGAUACUGCAAUACUGCCAGACCCCUUUCUCAUUUGAAAGUGGGUAGUUAUGUUGAUGUUCAAGAUCACACCACAGGAGUUUGGAAUCACCCAGGUAUUGUUGUCGGCAUUGGAUCCAGUAAACCAAAGGAUGUGGAGAAAUCACAAGAUAAUUCUACUGCUGAGGUUAUUAGCAAAUCAAUCUUGCCUACACCAGCUCCAGGUCGUAGUUUGCGGCAUAGGAAAGAACCUGAUCGUCUACAAGGAACACCCAUAGAUGCUGUAGCAAUACGAGCGGAAAAGCAGCAGUUUCAAGAUGGACAUAUCGUGGGAGGAUGUCUACAUGGAAGCAGAGAUAGCAGAGGACUCAGAGAAAGAGCAGAGCAUCCAGAGGGCGAGGUUGUGAGCAUCACCAAAGCCGUGAGGAAGAAAGGCUUCAAACAUCAAGACUUUGCCUCCACUCUCAAGAUAAACUAA